AUGGCAUUGGCGCGCAGAUUAGCCAUACUCCCCGGAGGUCUAGGUGGCCUCGGAUCCAGCAUCGGCAAGAAACUGCGACAGCAAGGCGCCCGCCUGGCCAUUCUCUACGCCCCAUUCGAAUCAUGCCGUCGCGAUGAACUCCUCGAAGCAGGAUACGGCAAUGCCGACAACCUCCACACAUACGAAUGCGACAUCACCUCGCCGGAAUCCGUGCAGUCGGCGUUCAACAGCCUCGAACAGGAAAUCGUAGCACCCUCAUCCUCAUCUCUAACAGAGCGAGCAUUCCCGAGCAUCCUCCUCAAUACAGCAGGCUACGUAUCGCUCAGUGAUAUGGAAAGCACACCCCCCAACGAAACAAUGAAACAUCUCACCACCAACGUCUUCGGGCCGAUGCUGUGCUCACAGGCAUUCGCACGGCUCUACCUAUCCGCAUCGAAAUCAGCAGAAUCCUCACCAAACCCACCCCCACCGGGUCGAAUCGUGAAUAUCGCCUCCCAAGCCGCUCACAUCGCACUACACCAACACGGGGCGUACUGCGCGUCAAAAGCAGCAUUACUAGGUCUAACGCGGAGCAUGGCGUCUGAAUGGGGCGGACGCGGUAUCACAGCCAACAGUGUGUCGCCGACUGUGGCGUGGACUGCGCUUGCGCAGAGAGCGUGGGGAGACGAUGCGGUGCGAGAGGAGUUUUUGAAGAGUAUUCCGACGGGGAGGUUUGCGAGCCCGGAUGAGGUGGCUGAUGCGGCUGUUUUUUUGUGUCAGGACUCGAGUGGGAUGAUUAAUGGGGCGGAUAUCAGGGUUGAUGGGGGGUUUACUGUGAGGUGA